CCUGAUGCCCAGCCAGGCGGGCAUAGGAGGCCGGACCACAGGGGGUAGGUCCCCCGCCCCCCCCCCCAACUCCCGUCUUAACCCCACCCGGGUCCUGCGCCGCUCACAACGCAGCUGGACGCCGACCGGUUCCCAGCGCCGCUGGCCAUGGACACCCUGGGCAGCCUGCUGCUGCUGCUGGCCGCAAUGCUCCUGGCACCGGCUGAGGCCCAGCAGGCCUCUGAGCGCCGCCUGAAACCCUGGCUGGUAGGCCUGGCCGCGGUAGUGGGCUUCCUGUUUAUAGUCUUCGUGCUCAUGCUGGCCAACCGAGUGUGGUGCUCCAAAGCCAGAGCGGAAGAUGAAGAGAUCGCUGUCAGAAUGGAGCACAUUGAGAGCCAGAACAUGGAGUCAAGUAAAGAGGACAAGAAGAAGCAGAAGAAGCAGAAGGCGGAGAGGAAGGAAGGACAGAGCAAUGCUGGCCUGGAACUAGAGGAGAAGGAGUCCUCAGAUGAUGAGCAAGGAAAGAAAACGGCCUUGUGAAGCCCCCAGCAGCCUGGGGAUGCUCUGUCCACGCCCCUCAAGCCACAGCCGCCGCUGGAAGCAGGCCUGUUGUGGCCUGGAUCUGAAAACCAGGAGGACAGCUCUGCCUGGCACCCACUGCAGACACCCACCAUCGACCUGGUGCCUAUACCCACCCAAUACCCUCUUUCCCUCUCCAUCCUCUCUUGACUCCACCCUGCCCCCUCCAGGCACGCUCCCAGCAUCACGUGACUGUCCCCUGUGGCCCUCACCCCAGUACCUCCUAGGAGGCCUUGCACCCUGUGUUUGAAUUUGUAUCCGUGGCCCACACUUUCUCAGUCAGGGUCUCUCUUCUCUGUCCUGAGGCUGUCCCCAUAGUCACCUGGUUCUUUCUGAGGACCUUGUCCAAAGGUCUCCCAUUCCUGAGCCCUCCGGGGGAGGUUGUUUUCGGUGGGCAGUUCCAGCAACGGCCACCAGGGGGCGGAGGAACCCUCCAGGACAUUCAAUUAAUAAAGGCUCCUAAAGCUU